AUGUCGAAGCAUCACACCGACCUCUUGAUGUGUCGUCGCCAGCCUGGCGUGGCUAUCGGCCGCUUGUGCGAGAAGUGUGACGGCAAGUGCCCCGUGUGCGACUCGUAUGUGCGCCCCAUGACCCUCGUCCACAUCUGCGAGGAGUGUUCUUUCGGUAACGGUGCGAACCGCUGCAUCGUCUGCGCGUCCACAGCCGUGUCGGACGCCUACUACUGCACAGAAUGUACGCGGUUAGAGAAGGACCGCGAUGGCUGCCCCAGAGUGAUCAACUUGGGAGCAUCGCGCGUAGACGCAUUCUACGAACGAAAGAAACUCAAUCAGCAAGGAGGAGGAGGGUUCAAGAAAGGAUAG